AUGUCCCCGGUGCGCAGGCAUAGCCCGGUGCGCUUCAUCGCAGCUCCUAGUAUCGGCCGGGCUAGAGUGGGCAUCGAGCCAGGUGCUAUGAAGCCGCUCAGCGCAUCUGGUCUCCAGUGCGUCUCAUCAGCCCGGGAUAUAUGGCACCAGCCCUACGCACGGUGUCCCCGGUUCGCCAGCACGGCCCAGUGCGGUCUGUUCCACCCCGCCGCACAUGCCGGGCUACGGGGAGUAUCCAGCCAGGACAGAGGGGAGAGAGUCACGCUGAGAUGUAGAACCCAAUGUGCAGUCGCUCUGAACCCCACCUGCAUCUGGUACAAGAACGGACAACGUCUGACCAACCCAGUCACCAGUUAUAACAGCCUGAUCCUAGACCCAGUCACCAGUUAUAACAGCCUAAUCCUAGAACCAAUCAGCAGUGAGGAUGCAGGGAACUACUCCUGUGCUGUAGAAGGUUUUGAGAGAAUCCUCUCUCCAGAAGAGACUCUCACUGUCAGAUAUGGCCCAAAGACCACCUCAGUGUCAGUCAGUCCCUCUGGUGAAAUAGUGGAGGGCAGUUCAGUGACUCUGACCUGCAACAGUGAUGCCAACCCACCUGUGGACAAAUACACCUGGUACAAGAAGAAUGGAGGUCACAAUCAGAGUAUCUCCAAUCAGAACACAGGACCACAUCAUACCUUCAACCAAGUCAAGUCAUCUGAUACUGGGGAGUACUACUGCGAGGCCCAGAAUGAGUUGGGGACAGACAGGCCUGAGUCUAUCAACAUGGAUGUGAAAUACGGCCCAAAGAACACCUCAGUGUCAGUCAGUCCCUCUGGUGAAAUAGUGGAGGGCAGUUCAGUGACUCUGACCUGCAGCAGUGAUGCCAACCCACCUGUGGACAAAUACACCUGGUACAAGACGAACAUAGCCUCAGCAAAAGCAUCAGGACAGAGUUACAGCAUCACUAACAUCAUCUCUGAGGACAGAGGAGAAUAUUACUGUGAGGCCCAGAAUAGAAGAGGAUCUAUGAACUCUACAGCUCAGAUGAUCAUUGUAGCAGUGAAACAAACCUCAGUUCUGACUGCAGCUGUAGGGAUCACAGUGGUUGUUCUGGUUCUCAUCCUCUGUCUCUCUGGACUCAUGUGGUUCAGGAAGAAGGCCUCCAAACCCACCUCCAACACAGGAGACACAUCAGAAAAUGAACAGGGAGACUCUAGUCCAGUGUAUGAUAACAUCUCAGGCAUGGCCAUGACCUCUACUGCAGCACAGACAGUGGCCACAGAUGACCAGGAUGACGUUCACUACGCCAGCGUCCACUUCCAGGAAGUCCUUCUGUACUCGACCAUCCAACCGUCUCAAGCCCAGGAACAGGACGAGGAUAUCCAGUACGCUACUCUGAAAUUAAACCUCCUGAGUGAUGCCACCUGCCCCACAGCAGCAGACCCUGGUGCUGCUGAGGAGGACUACUUUGUUCUCUACAGCACAGUCAACAAAUCCAGAACCAAGAAGACCUGA